UUAAAGGUCUUUGGUGCACAGCCUUACAUAUAAUUCAGUGUAGUCUCGUGUCCUUGCUCGUUUCUAGGGCAAGAGAAAUGCAGGCCCUUUGCCAGCAGCGCUCACUUAGGUGUGGGUUGCAGGCUCGGUCGUCACAGAUACCAACCCCGUUGUUCAGGAGUUCUGUGAGCUCGAAUUCCCAACCAGCGGCGGGCAGCUGGGACGUCGCCUCGUUCGCAGUAGCCGUUCCUCGCGCUGCUGUAGCUCUUCGUAGGAGCGCAAAUCUGCGGACUGGCCUUGUUUGCGCGGCAAUUGCGGCCCAGGCGAAGGAUGUCAAGGCGACACAGAGAGUGUUCAUCUUUGGAAAGAACAAGAGCCAGGGCGAUGCGACCAUGAAGAACCUGCUCGGCGGCAAGGGUGCAAACCUAGCGGAGAUGUCUCGCAUCGGCCUGUCCGUGCCGCCGGGCCUGACCAUUACCACCGACACCUGCGCGGAGUUCCACACCAAUGGCCGCCAGCUGCCCGCCGGCUGCUGGGAAGAGAUCCUGGCCGGCCUGCGCUCCGUGGAGGAGGAGAUGGGCUGCCGGCUGGGAGAUGCCGCUGCGCCGCUGCUGCUGUCAGUCCGCUCCGGCGCCGCAGUCUCCAUGCCGGGCAUGAUGGACACGGUGCUCAACCUGGGCCUGAACGACGCCUGCGCCGCGGGGCUGGCGGCGCGCAGCGGGGACGAGCGGUUCGCCUACGACGCCUACAGGCGCUUCCUGGACAUGUACGGCGACGUGGUGAUGGGCAUCCCGCACCACCUGUUCGAGGAGCAGCUGGAGAGGCUCAAGGCCGAGCAGCGUGUGAGCGAGGACACGGCCCUGACCGCCGCCGACCUGCGCACGCUGGUGGCCCGCUACAAGGAGGUGUACAAGCAGCUGGGCCAGGUGUUCCCCGAGGACCCGUACGAGCAGCUGCGCCUGGCCAUCUACGCCGUGUUUGACUCCUGGCGCUCUGAGCGCGCCGACGUGUACCGGGCUGUCAACGGCAUUACCGGCCUGACCGGCACCGCCGUCAACGUGCAGGCUAUGGCAUUCGGCAACAUGGGCCCCACCAGCGGCACGGGCGUGUGCUUCACGCGCAACCCCUCCACUGGCGAGCGCAAGCUGUACGGCGAGUACCUCAUCAACGCGCAGGGCGAGGAUGUGGUGGCGGGCAUCCGCACGCCCGAGCCCAUUGAGACCCUGGAGCGCUCGCUGCCAGGCGCCUUCAAGGAACUGCUGGACAACUGCGCGCUGCUGGAGAAGCACUACAAGGACAUGCAGGACAUUGAGUUCACGGUGCAGGAGGGGAAGCUGUACAUGCUGCAGUGCCGCGGCGGCAAGCGCACCGGCACAGCCGCAGUGCGCAUCGCGGUGGAGCUGGUGGACGAGGGUCUGGUGGACGAGGACGAGGCGGUGCUGAUGGUGGAGCCCGGCCACCUGGACCAGCUGCUGCACCCGCAGUUCGCCAAUGAGGCCGCGUACAAGAGCGACGUGCUGGGUACCGGCCUGCCCGCAUCGCCCGGCGCGGCGGUGGGCCAGGCGGUGUUCAGCGCGGAGGACGCGGAGGCUUGGCGCAGCAGCGGCCUACCCGUUGUGCUGGUGCGGCGCGAGACGUCGCCGGAGGACGUGAAGGGCAUGUACAGUGCGGAGGGCGUGCUGUGCCAGCUGGGCGGCAUGACCAGCCACGCCGCCGUGGUGGCGCGCGGCUGGGGCAAGCCCUGCAUCACCGGCUGCGCCGACCUGCAGGUGGACGAGCACAGCAAGGUGGCGCGCAUCAACGGGCACGAGAUCCGGCAGGGCGACUGGAUCAGCCUCAACGGCUCCACGGGCGAGAUCGUGCGCGGCAAGCAGCCGCUGGCGCCGCCCGAGCUGGCGGGCGACCUGGGCCGCUUCAUGUCCUGGGUGGACAAGCGGCGGCGCCUGGGCGUGCUGACCAACGCCGACACGCCGGAGGACGCGGCGGAGGCGCGCAAGUUCGGGGCCGAGGGCAUCGGGCUGUGCCGCACUGAGCACAUGUUCUUCGCCAGCGAGGAGCGCAUCGCCACCGUGCGGCGCAUGAUUGUGGCGCAGACACGGGAGGCGCGGCUCAAGGCCCUCGCGGACCUGCUGCCCUUCCAGCGCGCCGACUUCGAGGGCAUCCUGCGCGCCAUGGCCGGCCUGCCCGUGACCAUCCGGCUGCUGGACCCGCCGCUGCACGAGUUCCUGCCCGACGGCGAAAUGACCGAGGUGUGCGAGGCGCUGGCCCGGGACGCGGGCGUGACGGUGGACGAGGUGUACGGCACCAUUGAGAAGCUGCAGGAGGUGAACCCCAUGCUGGGCUUCCGCGGCUGCCGGCUGGGCAUCACCUAUCCCGAGAUCACCGAGAUGCAGGUCCGCGCCAUGUUUGAGGCGGCGGUUCGGGUGCUGGCCGGCGGCAGUGCCGUGCAGCUGGACGUGAUGGUGCCGCUGGUGGGCACUGCCGCCGAGCUGGCCAACCAGGAGGGCCUGGUGCGCCGCGUGGCGGAGCAGGUGAUGUCGGAGUCUGGCGGCGUGCGCGUUCCGUACCGCGUGGGGACCAUGAUCGAGGUGCCGCGCGCGGCCCUGCAGGCGGGCGCCAUCGCCAAGACCGCCGAAUUCUUCAGCUUCGGUACCAAUGACCUCACGCAGAUGACCUUCGGCUACAGCCGUGACGACAUCGGCAAGUUCCUGCCGGUCUACCUGGAGAAGGGAAUACUGCCCUACGACCCCUUCCAGGUGCUCGACCAAGAGGGCGUGGGCGAGCUGAUCCGUUUCGCGGUGGAGCGCGGCCGCGCCGCCCGGCCCGACCUCAAAAUCGGCAUCUGCGGCGAGCAGGGCGGCGAGCCGCGCACCGUGGCCUUCCUGCACGAGGUGGGUCUGGACUACGUGUCCUGCUCGCCCUUCCGCGUGCCCAUCGCGCGGCUGGCAGCGGGGCAGGCCGCCGUGCGCAGCCAGCGGGCAGCAGCGGCAGCCAAGAAGUAGAGCGAGGAGAGGGGGCGACUGCUGCGUCCAGGAGCGGGGAGGUGGAUGGUGAUGCUGCCCGAGGAGUUGUGUUGAGCGGGGAGGAUUUGAGGAUGUGCUGUGCCGGGAGACGUCCUGGCAGCAAGGGCAAUGCAGCGGUUUGUGAAGGGCAAUUCGUGAUGCGGGGUAUUAUACCUGUUGCGGCGCGCGUGGGUGCGAAGGCCGCGCAGACGGCAGGUGCAUGUGGUGUUGGCAUGUGGUGUUGGCCUGUUUGGAGUGUUGACUGAUUCGACCAACCACUGGACCAACCCGGGCAGCACCCACGACUUGGCUUACGCCUAGAGGGUGUGGGAUGGGACAAGGUAUCGAAGAUGCUUUAAGGAAACAAAUGCGCACGAUGCCAGAAGGGGUUGUCGGAGCUAAGGCAGCACAGGAGGAAAGGGGCACAAAGUUGCUUCUUGCAACGGCAUGGACAGGCUGAAUCGCUGCGCUCCGGGGGCUCAGCCCACAAAGGGGGCUAGCUUUGCCAGAGUAUGACAUGACCGAGCGUGAAUGCCGUCGUCAGUCGUUGUCGGUUGCCAGACCGGAGGGGGUUCCCACGGGUUUCGGGGCAUGGGGUCUGGGCUUUUGUUUCCAACCCCUCGCCCCCGCCCCUGUGGCCAGCUGAUCCUUUUGAUGGAGUCGCGUAUCAUGUCAUAUGAUGCUUUCGUCAGUCCAGCUGUGUGCACGCCUCCCUUCCCCGUCCACCUUAUAAUCUAUGGCGAACACGCAUCUUGCAGCAUCUUGCAGUGCAGCCCAACGCAGUUCGGGUUUGGUUCUCUUUACCCCCCGCCCGCCAAGACUGAGUGCACGCAGAUAGUGCCCAUUCUGCUGUGCCCGACACUCCACUGCACCUGAGCAUGGCCCCUCCAGGGGGGGGGGGUAGAAAGCUCAGAUUCUUACCCCAUGCUCAAAAUUACAGAGCUUUAGGAGAGCAUUAUGCACGUACUUUUAGUUUCUUAAGGGGGUGUCUGGUGAGGAAGUUCUGGGCCGCCAAAGUUGGGGGGUCGGUCCUCGUCCCUGUCGUCGGGUUUCGGGAGCCCAUCCCGGCGGAUUUCGGGAAGCGCCCCACAAGCAGAACUAGGGGCCAAACGCAGCAGUACGAGGCUCAUAUGUGCACGUUAUGAAGUAAUAAGCACAAACAAAGCGUGGGAGGGCUAAGUUGCGCGUCCGGGCGUGGACAUGUCGGGACAUGUCUCCACAGUCAACACAUGCGCACUGACACAGCUUGGCUCUGAAGCGCUGGUGCGCUCGAGUUCACGUCUAACAA